AUGUUUAAGCUGUGUCACACCAAUUGCACCUGCCAAGACUAUCUACCUGACCAUAUCUGGAAGACCAACAGCCUAUAG